AUGGCCCCAGGGACGAUCAGGCUUGUUUGUCAGGCUCCAGGCUGCAACCAUAUAUUCAAAAACAAGUCUGGUCUGACAAAGCACAAUCACACGAAGCAUUUGGUACUCCCACAGAUCAACCGAACUGUCCUAGGUCCUGGCUUCAUAUCUCCAAGGGCACGAUCUCCAACUCCAGCAAGGGAAAAUGAUGAUCAUUUUCAUCAUGGUGCAGAGGAUGAGCAGGAGAAUCCAGGAUUCGUACCCAAAGAAGGUACUUGGGUGGACAUGGGACACUUGUUCUGUGUGUUCCAUCCACAUCUCACAGGGCUUAAAUGUGACGCUGAUGGUGCAUUUAUUGAGCAAGAUACGCCUCCCUUGCCGCAUAUGGAUGCCCCACCAACCGACUGGACACCUUAUCAAAACAGAGUUGAAUUCAAGACAGCAGAAUUCCUCUUCACGCAGAACCAAAUGUCCACAAAGCAAAUUGACACGCUCCUCGACUUAUGGGCUGCAACCCUCAUCAGGCACAAUGAUGCUCCUCCCUUCGCAAACCACAAGGACAUGUAUGCAGCCAUUGAUGCGACCCCACUAGGUGAUGUCCCCUGGAAGAGCUCCAUGAUGUGCUACAAUGGCAUCAAACUACAACAAAUCCUGACUUUGAUGGGGAAAUCGAAUUUUCGCCCUACUGAUCUUAUUGCUCAAAAUCUGGAGACCCAUGGUUCAACAUUUGUGCCACUGAUCAUGGGAAGUGACAAGAUAAUCAUCUUGGUUGCUACUGGACAUACGGAGUAUCACCCACUUUACCUAUCAAUUGGUAAUAUUUUCAAUAGUGUGCGACGUGCACAUCGCAAUGGUGUUGUACUUGUUGGGUUUCUUGCUAUACCAAAAAGCACAAGAGAACAUAAUGGGUGCAGUCAUUACAGAAACUUCUGGCAACAACUCUUCCAGCGGUCCCUGGCAAUUUUUUUUGAAUCUGUGAAAAUGUGUCUGGCAGAUCCCAAAGAUCUUGACAGUGGUCAGCCUUGUCUGCAUCGGCGUGAAGAACACACAGAAUUACUUGUUGACCAACUGACGUGUAAACAGCUGUGGUUCAAGUAUGGCAUCAUUGGCGAUCUCAUUCCAUUCACCAAUGAUUUUCCUCAUGCGGAUAUCCAUGAGCUUCUCUCCCCCGAUCUUUUGCACCAAAUCAUCGAGGGAACUUUCAAAGACCACUUAGUUGAUUGGGUGGAAGAGUACUUGACAAUCACACAUGGUGCUCACCAUGCAGCCGAAAUUAUGGAUGAUAUUGAUCGCAGGAUAGCAGCAGUCUAUAUACCUGCAAUCAAAGAUCACGUUCCUGAAGACAUAACAUGUGCGUUUAGUGUGUGCCUCGAUUUUUGUUAUCUUGUACGGCAUGAGGCUCUCACUGAAGAUGAUUUUCUACAAGUCCAAGAAGCCCUGGACCGUUUCCAUCAAUACCGGGAGAUCUUCAAGACAAGCGGUGCGACAAAGUCAUUUUCUCUUCCCUGCCAGCAUUCUAUGUGUCACUACAUCUUGAUGAUCCGACUUUUCGGGGCACCCAAUGGCCUUUGCUCCUCCAUAACGGAGUCUAAACAUAUUAAAGCAGUAAAAGAACCCUGGCACCGCUCUAGCAGGUUCAAGGCAGUUGGUCAAAUGCUGCUAACAAACCAGUGCCUCGACAAAAUUGCAGCUGCCCAUGCAGAUUUUGAGGCACGUUGUGUCCUGGAUGUCAAUACACUUGGCCUUCAACUCAACCUUCGGCAUUUCCCUGCCAUGAUUCAAGAAUUCCUCCACAACCAACUCCAUUUGAUGGACCCCAACCCUGCUCCUUUCAAUCCUGCAACAGCCCCGAUAUUCUUGGGGAAAGUGACACUUUUUAACUCUGCUGCUGCAAUAUUCUAUGCGCCUAGUGAUCUGAGCGAUACUGGAGGCAUGCGCCGUGAGCAUAUCCGGUCAACACCAUCAUGGCGGGGUGGUGCAGCUAGGCAUGAUUGCAUUUUCGUUAAUUUGGAUGCUGACAUGGACUCUCCCAUGGGCGGGCUUGUGGUUGUGUGGUAUCGAACAUCAUAUUUUCCUUGUGCCGUUGUCCAUUGGUACUCUCACAUACUUGAAAGAUGUGAUCUGGACACGGGCAUGCAUAUUGUCACACCUGCAACAACUGACAAUGGUACUCCAGAUAUUUCAAUUAUCCAUAUUGAUUGCAUCUUUCAUGCUGCCCACCUCAUUCCAGUAUACAGGGCAAAUUUUAUUGCUCGUGGAACUAAUCCGCAUGACUCGUACAAUGACUUUGACUCACUGUCGAGAACUUUCUAG